CGCACCGCCAUUCGUGGCCUUGGCUGUCAAUCACCGGGUCCUGGACAGUGAUUUCUCACCGGCACCCAGUGAUCACCGAGUAUCUUCGACGAGAGAGAGACCUGCAUAUAAACACAGAUCUCUCCUGUCAACUCCCGCACACUGCUUUGUAUGGCUCUGCAUAGCAGAGCCAGUAUAAAGCACAAACACAGCACACAGUGGAACAGUACACAGCACACAGUUAACCCUUUGAUUGCCCCACAUGUUAACCCCUUCCUGCCCAGUGCCAUUAGUACAGUGUCAGUGGUGCUUUUUAUUAGCACUGAUCAUUGUAUUGGUGUCACUGGGAAUGUCAGUGACACCAAGUCAGUUUCCCCCCCAGUGUCAGAAUGCCCGCCGCAGUCACGCUUUAAGUCACUG